AUGUUUGAGCGAAUUGAUCUAGCAGAAGAGGCGAAACUUGUGCGGAAACUUGACACCAUCAUCAUGCCCCUGAUGGCUUUGGUAUACUUCUUUCAGUACAUUGAUAAGGGUUCUAUUAACUAUGCCGCGGUUUUUGGACUAAGAACCGAUCUCAACCUUUCAGGGCUUGAGUAUUCAUGGGUAGUAUCUCUUUUUUACUUCGGCCAGCUCGCCUCCGAAUACCCUGCUGCCUAUAUUCUCAGCCGCUUUCGACUGAUCCCUUUUGUUGGUACUGCCAUUGUUAUCUGGGGAAUUGCCGCCACAAGAGUUUUUCUUGGAUUCGCCGAAGCCUGUGUCUCGCCUGCUUUCAUCAUUAUAACAUCAAACUGGUAUAAAAGGAAUGAACACCCACUCCGCGUUGCGGCAUGGGUUUCAAUGAAUGGCAUAAGCCAAAUUAUUGGGGCGUUGCUUAUGUAUGCUGUCGGGCAUGCGAAUCUGACAAUCGCGAGCUGGCGGGCGAUCUUCCUCAUUUUCGGCGGGUUGACCACCGCUUGUGGCCUCGCUUUCCUUGCGUUGAUGCCAAGAGAUACAACGACGGCAUGGUUUCUCAGCAAGAGAGAACGCCACAUCGCAACUCAGCGGCUUGCUAUUGACCGCCUCACCAGAGACAGAGCUGAAUUUAAUAGGCAGCAGCUUAGGGAGGCCCUUGUCUCACCUUUGACCUGGCUGGACUUUUUCAUGGCCCUCUGCAUUACUCUCACUACUCCAAUAUUGAAGUUUUCGUCAAUUGUUAUUAAUGGCUUCGGCUACUCGAACUAUGAGUCCAUGCUUGUGGGACUCCCAGGGGGUGCCAUCAACUUUAUCACAGUUUGGAUCUCAGCUCUGAUUCCACGCAUAUUCCCUGGGACUCGAAUUUGUACCGCCAUUGGGCUUUCUCUAGUCCCGUUAUGUGGGUCAAUUAUUCUACUCGUUCUUCCGAUCCGGGACGGCAGUUGGGGUAUUGUUGCCGCAACCUGGCUCGCGGCUUGCUGCUCCGCACUCAUAUCGGCAACUGGAUCUUUAAUGGCCAGUAAUGUUAAAGGAAACACAAAGAAAAGUGUAGUUAGUGCCGGAUUUUUUAUUGUGUACUGCGUAGGGUGCAUCGUCAGUCCUCAAGCGUGGACUGAGGAUGAGUACCCACGAUAUGCGAAAGGAUGCAUCCUGAGCAUUGUCAGCUGGACUGCCCUUAUUGCUGCUUACAUCGUCUAUCUCUUUAUUGUUAGAAGAGUUAACUCGCAGAGGGAUGCUUUCGCAUCUCAGGGCAUUGUUGAAUACAUGACCAGCGAACAGGCCAGUGUGGGAGGAACAAUUGGGUUGUGUGUGGACUCCGACUUGACAGAUGUCAUGGACAAGGGCUUCAGGUACAGUACCUAA